AUGACGGCGUCAAAUACAUUUAAGUCACCCAUCACUGGCAUAACUUCACUCAAGUUUGGAAACGUGGGGGAAGACAACCAUGUACACGUCGCUAUAGUCGGCGCCGGUCCCAGGGGGACAAGUGCUUUGGAACGCCUAUGCUCUUCAGCAGUAGAGAUCUUUGGAUCUGCCGCAGAGCUCACAGUUCACAUUGUUGACCCAUCUCCGCCAGGUGCGGGCAUGGUCUGGCGCAUAGACCAGUCAUCAGAGCUUCUUAUGAACACCGUUACUUCACAGGUAACCUUGUUCACAGAUAAUAGUGUUGUGUGUGCUGGACCCAUUCGACCUGGACCUAGCCUAUAUGACUGGGCGCGAGAAGCCAUUCCUGAACUUGGCCCGGAUGAUUAUGCCACUCGCUCGCAGUAUGGCGGUUACCUCGAAUGGGUCUUCGCGGAAGUGGUCAGAAGAGCGCCCCUCAACAUCAGAAUCCAAGUUCAUGUUGCUCUUGCAGUUCGCGUGAAUGAAGCUGUGGAUGGAAGCCAAAUUCUUACUCUGUCUACUGGGGAAAACCUGCCCGAUCUGGCUGCAGUUGUCCUGGCUCAGGGGCAUCUUCCCCUUCGCCCAGACCCCGAGUUGCAGAAGCUAAGCAAUUAUGCAAGUGAGAAUGCUUUGCGCUACUUUCCUCCCUCUAACCCGGCCGAUAUUGAUCUUUCGGUCAUUGCGCCGGGUGAAUCUGUCUUGCUCCGGGGACUUGGCCUCAACUUCUUUGAUCACAUGGCUUUGCUGACAACUGGGCGUGGCGGGAGGUUUUCCGUCUCAUCAAACGGUCAGCUAGCAUAUCAUCCUUCCGGAAAUGAACCUCACAUGUUCGCCGGUUCUCGUCGUGGAAUUCCAUAUCAUGCGCGCGGUGAUAAUGCCAAAGGCGCAUUUGGUCGACAUAUGCCACUUGUUCUUACGGACGAUGUUAUUGCUGGCUUUCAUAAGCGUACCAAAGAGGGCCACGCUCCAGACUUUUUGAAGGAAAUAUGGCCCUUGGCCGCUAAAGAGGUAGAGAUUGUCUAUUACGAAGCCUUGUUACGGGCACGGCAAAACGGCGUGUCCCUAGCCACAUCUCCUUUCAAUUUUCGCAAACGGUUCCUCGCAGUACCUCAUAAUAGCCGCCAAGAAGCUCAACUUCUUGAGGAGUUUGGGGUAUCCAAGGGUGAAAGAUGGUCCUGGGAACGCAUCCAGAAACCCCAAGGUAGCCGCACCUUCUCCACGGCGGAGGCAUGGAAGUCGUGGAUGAUUGGAUAUUUGCAAACUGAUGCUAAAGAAGCAGCCUUGGGAAAUCUCGAUGGUCCUUUGAAGGCAGCUCUCGAUGUCAUGCGAGAUAUUCGCAACGAACUGCGUCUUAUUGUCGAUCAUGACGGUGUAAAAGGGACGUCGUACAGAGACCACUUGGAUCGCUGGUACACGCCACUCAAUGCAUUUCUAUCAAUUGGCCCGCCGCGUCAGCGAAUUGAGCAAAUGGUAGCUCUCAUGGAAGCCGGAGUGCUGGAGGUUCUUGGUCCGCAGCUACAAGUGCAUGCAAAGGAUGGAGUUUGGCAGGCGUCGUCGCCAAGCAUUUGCAACUGGACUGUGCAAGCUACAACUCUUAUUGAAGCUCGUCUGCCUGAACCAAACCUUCGACACACUGCUGAUGAUCUUUUAUCCCGCAUGUUCAAGUCUGGUCAAUGCCGUCCACAUAUUCUUGACGGCUACGAGACUGGCGGCAUGGACAUCACCAACAGCCCGUAUCACAUCAUUGAUGCUCAGGGAAGAGCUCACCCCAGACGAUUCGCUGUUGGUGUUCCUACAGAAGGAGUACAUUGGGUCACAGCCGCUGGAGCUCGACCUGGUGUGAACUCUGUCACUCUUGCGGAUACGGAUGCAGUUGCACGAGCUGCUCUUCAGGCCGCGAGGUCUGAGAUGCGCCAGGCUUACGAGCCAGCUUUGCAGACAACGUCGCUGCCCAUGGUGGUGGCAACUUGA